AUGGAAGAAUUUCAAGGAUAUUUAGAACUAGAUAGAUAUCAGCAACAUGACUUCCUAUACCCACUUAUCUUUCGGGAGUAUAUUUAUGCACUUGCUCAUGAUCAUGGUUUAAAUAGAUCGAUUUUGUUGGAUAAUGUAGGUUAUGAUAAUAAAUCUAGUUUACUAAUUAUAAAACGUUUAAUUAGUCGAAUGUAUAAACAUAAUCAUUUUUUUAUUUCCGCUAAUGCUUCUAACCAAAAAAAAAAAUUGGGGUACAACAAAAAUCUGUAUUCUCAAAAAAUAUCGGAGGGAUUCACCGUCAUUGUGGAAAUUUCGUUUUCCCUACGAUUAGUAUCUUCCUUAGAGGCGACAGAAACCGUAAAAUCUUAUAAUUUACGAUCAAUUCAUUCAAUAUUUCCUUUUUUAGAGGACAAAUUCCCACAUUUAAAUUACGUAUCAGAUGUACUAAUACCCUACCCUAUUCAUCUGGAAAUCUUGGUUCAAACCCUUCGCUAUUGGGUGAAAGACGCCUCUUCUUUGCAUUUAUUACGACUCUUUCUUCACGAGUAUUAUAAUUGGAAUAGUCUUAUUACUUCAAAUAAUUUUUUUUUUUCAAAAAGUAAUCCACGAUUAUUCUUACUCCUAUAUAAUUCUCAUGUAUGUGAAUACGAAUUCAUCUUACUUUUUCUUCGUAAUCAAUCUUCUCAUUUACAAUUAACCUCUUCUGGGAUCUUUUUUGAGCGAAUACAUUUCUAUGAAAAAAUAAAAUAUCCUGUAGAAGAAGUCUUUGCUAAUGAUUUUCCGGCCUCCAUCUUAUGGUUCUUCAAGGAUCCUUUUAUGCAUUAUGUUAGAUAUCAAGGAAAAUCAAUUCUGGCUUCGAAGGAUACCCCUCUUCUGAUGAAUAAGUGGAAAUAUUAUCUUGUCAAUUUGUGGCAAUGUCAUUCUUAUGUGUGGUCUCAACCGGGAAGGAUUUAUAUAAAUAAAUUAUCCAAGCAUUCCCUUGAUUUUUUGGGUUAUUUUUCAAGUAUCCGACCAAACCUUUCAGUGGUACGGAGUCAAAUGCUAGAAAAUUCAUUUAUAACGGAUAAUGCUAUGAAGAAGCUCGAUACAUUAGUUCCAAUUAUUCCGUUGAUUGGAUCAUUGGCUAAAGUGAAAUUUUGUAACGCAUUAGGGCAUCCUAUUAGUAAGUCCACCUGGGCGGAUUCAUCGGAUUUUGAUAUUAUCGACCGAUUUCUGCGUAUAUGCAGAAAUCUUUCUCAUUAUUACAGCGGAUCCUCAAGAAAAAAGAGUUUGUAUCGAAUAAAAUAUAUACUUCGACUUUCUUGUCUUAAAACUUUGGCUCGUAAACACAAAAGUACUGUACGAACUUUUUUGAAAAGAUUAGGUUCUAAAUUAUUGGAAGAAUUCUUUACGGAAGAAGAACAGAUUCUUUCUUUGGUCUUCCCAAGAGCUUCUUAUACUUUUACUUUUAAGAAACUUUAUAGAGGUCGGAUUUGGUAUUUGGAUAUUUUUUGCAUCAAUGAUCUAAUCAAUUAUGAAUAA